AUGGCGUACAGGGGCCUGGUGGCCGAGUUCCUACAGGUGCCGGCGGUGACACGCGCCUACACUGCGGCCUGUGUGCUUACCACCGCUGCUGUGCAGCUGGACGUCCUCAGCCCGUUCCAGCUCUAUUUCAAUCCGCACUUGGUGUUCCGGAGGUUCCAAGUGUGGCGGCUGAUCACUAGCUUCCUCUUCUUCGGCCCCCUGGGCUUCAAUUCCUUAUUCAACCUGCUCUUCGUCUUCCGCUCCUGCCGUCUGCUGGAGGAAGGUUUUUUCCGCGGCCGCAGGGCUGACUUUGUCUUCAUGCUGCUUUUUGGUGGCUUCCUCACCACCGUGCUGGGCCUCCUGGGCAGCCUGGCUUUCCUGGGCCAGGCCCUCACAGACAUGCUUGUGUAUGUGUGGAGCCGCCGAAGCCCUAGGGUCGCUGUGGAUUUCUUCGGCCUCACUUUCCAGGCCCCCUUCCUGCCCUGGGUACUCAUGGGCUUCUCACUGCUGCUGGGCAAUUCCAUCCUUGUGGACCUACUGGGGAUCAUUGUAGGACACAUCUACUAUUUCCUGGAGGAUGUGUUUCCUAACCAGCCUGGGGGCAAGAGGCUACUGCUGACCCCUCGCUUCCUGAAGCUUCUACUGGACAACCCAGGGGAGGACCCCAACUACCUACCUCUUCCUGAGGAGCACUCAGAACCCCAUCUGCCACCCCCACAGCAGUGA